AUGGCAGAAAUGGCAAAGUAACAAAGACAGCAAAUGCAAUCUUAGUUAUCUAAUAAUUCUAAUUCGAAUUUAGCAACCCCAGCAAAUUAACCAAUGGCUAAAACCCCAUCACUAAACUUAGAAACAAUCCUAGAUAAUGACUCUCAAGACAAUGAAGAAUCAGUGUUUGGAGUGCCUAUCUCACUCUAAUAAGAUAAUUCUCAAGUGUAUUAUCAAGAGUGGAUGGACAAAUAAGGUAUUACCUCUCUAAUGUAGAUAACACCCGAGACUUGGAAAAAUAUUGCCUACCCAGUAAUCUAAGCAGUGAAACUACUGAUCAAUUCAAAUGUCCAAGGAUUCUAAAGGACUCAUGAUAUAACUUUGUAAAAUGACACCACAAAUAAAAAAGUGCAGCAAUAGAUAAGGAAGAUAGAAAAAGAGAUGAGUAAGAAAGAGGAUCAAUAUGAUGCUUAAUUUGACAGACUUGAGAAGAAUAUGACUUAGGCUUUUAACAAAUUCAGAGUCGAUUGUGAAAAUCAAAUUUAGAAAUCUGAAAUUAGAAUUGAGGAGGGAUAUCAUGAGAUGAGGAAAUAAAUGGAAGAUUUCAAGGAUAAGCUUUCCAGAGUUGACGAGACAGAUUAUGUCAAAGCUUGGGUUUAAUCAGAAAUUAAUAUGGCUAAAGCUGAUCUAUCAAUGAGAUUGGAAAGACUACACAGUAAUCAGCUGACUGAAAUAGACAAGAUUAUGCAGAAUCACUUGACAGUGCCAGACGUGAUAGGCCCUAAAUGUGAAUUUAAGACUCUUCCUAGCUACAUUGCUAAUUUAAACAAAACAAGAAAUACUAUGCUUAAUGAACUUGAGCAAAAGCACCAGGAAGUUAAGAUUUCAGUCUAUGAGUUGAGCCAGCAUCUGGAUGACUUAAUUGAGCAUUAGAUAAAAGAGACCCUUAACAAACUGCAAGAGAAAGACUAAGUUAUUCAGGAGUACUUGAAGAAUCUAGAGAAGAAGACAUUUGUAGAAUAACUCCCGUCACUCAGAAAGCAGCUGCAUGAACUCGAAGAAGAGGUAGAGAGAUAAAGGAUAGAUCAUAAAGUCAAAAUUGAAUUGCAAAAUAAUCAUGUACAACAGAUCACUUAUGAACUAGAUAAACUAAAUGUGUAACUGAAAUACAAUAAAGAUGAGAUUGACUAGAAAAAGAAUGAAAGUAUGAUGUAUACUUAGGAAGUUGCUAGAUAAAUAAGGGACAACGUCUUCUCUCUGACAAAAGGCUUAGAUCAGCAAAAGCAGGAUCUCUAGGAUAAAGUCAGAAGUCUCUAGAUUUUGCUAGACAAAAGUGAGAAGAAAAUUCUCAAGCAAUAGUUAGUAUUGUCUGACAAACUUGAGUUAAUAACUGGCUAGUCAGUACAUCUCUUUUCAGAGGCAGCCACACCUUACGAGGAUCAUCACAGAGAGCUAAACCCCACAUACAUCUAGGAGUAGACAAUCUAGAAUUCUUUAGAAAAUUCAGUUGAGAAUAUUCAGGAUGUAAAUCCUAAUGGAGAAAUUAUGAUUGAUCCUAUAGAUGAAGGUAAAAGUCAAAAAAAAUCCUAAACUAUUCAACAGUCUAAGUCGCUUUCUUCAUCUAAGCAUAAGCAGUAAACAGAAAGAAUGUCCUAAUAGAUGUUAAAUUAAAUUAAUAACGGCUAUGGCUCUACUUUAGGUGAUUUUGACAUUGAGAGGGAUCAAAAUAAGAGAUCAGAUUUGAUAAGAGUUGAAUAACAAAGACCAGAUCUUAAUGAGAGUCCUCCAUUAGAUUAUGAUUAAUAAGAUGGUCUUGUGAUAUAAAGGGAAACUGUUUAAAAUAAUUACGAUGAUAAUAAAAAGAGCCAAUAAUCUCGAGUCGGAUCUGAGAGUAUGCAGAUUGAUCAGCAAAUAAAUCAAAAUCUCUUGCAAAGCUCAUAAAUUGACAAGCAAAUGGAAAAAAUAGAUUCUGUGUUUUAGGAGACAAAAUAUGCCUAGUCAUUUGAACAGAAUCAAGAAAAUAGAGCUUAAAGUAGUAUGCUAUCUAAAAAGAAUAUGGAAGAAGCUUCAUAAAUUGCUUAUAGAACAAUGGAUUAGCCAUUUAACAAGCAAACUAAUCAAACAGGUGUAACUUUCAAGCCUUCACCCUCAGACAAAGAAAGCAAGGAACCGAGCUACAGGGAAAAAACCAAAUCAAACUUAAAAGUAAACACAGGAAGGACAAGCAAUGAUAAUAACUCAAAACCAUCAGCAGGUGGAUCAGUUAGUAAAAUACUGAGUAGAGUUGAUGACUUGGAAGUUAUGAUGGCCGAUUGUAUGAGAAUUGUGACUGAAAUAUUAGAAGCAGUCAAGGAUUCUAAAAUUCCGUCAUUAGCCAGACUUUCAAACUUGGCUAAUAGCAAAAUUCAAGAAAAAUCUCCAACUGAUUUUAAAACUUCAAAUGGUGAUAAGCAAUCACCUAGCACCAAUCCUCACAUCUCAGCCCUAAAACUAUAGAGCUUUAAAGAGUAUUUCUAAAAGAUGGUUGAAUCUAGCAAUACUAGACAACUUGAUAUUAAAUUGCUUGAAAAUGCAGGUGGUACUGACCCUGAAAGAGUAAAUAAUAAUACUCCUUAGGUAAAGCCCUCAGGAUUCUAGUUUAACUAGCCUAAUCAUCAUAAAAUGAUUGGAAAAAACAAGAUUCAUUCUUAGAUGAACGCUAACUCAGCUGAGCUUUUAGAAACAAAUCAGCCUAAUAAAAACUUGCAAUCUCAGGGAAUUAAGGCUAGAUUCAUUAAAGAGACGCCAAAACAUCCUAAAUAUAUGACUCUUGAUCAGUAAUCUUUAUCUAUUGUUCUUGAGGACAAAAAGAGGUUGGAAAAUGAGAAUAAUUUUGAUGAUAAUGCUAGGAUGAUUGCAGAGUUAUCCAAUUCUCAACUGGGAAAUGUUACCUAAGGACAAAAGAGAAUUACAAAUAAGAUAAUUAGUUAGUUGAAUGGAAGCAAUUCUAAGGAAUUGUUAUAAACUUUUGACAGUGAAGCUUAAAAUCUUGCUCAUGAAGGCAGUAUUUAGGACUUGAGAAAAGAUAUUCACGACAGUCUUACAAACAAUAGAAAAUCAAGCAGAGGAGGCUCAUCCCAGAAAGCAGAGAGACUAGAAUAAAAGCUACCACCAUUGAUGGCAGGGUAAGUUUAAGUUGAUGGCGAGACUUUCAACAAGCAACUAUUAGAAUAGCAACUAAGAGCCAAGAGAAUUAGAGAGCAUGCUUACUAAACUGCAAAUAACUCACCUAUUAGAGGAAAAAUGCCAGAAAUUAAACCCAAGCAAAAGCCUAUUGCAGUAAAAUAUGAGGAGAUGAAUGGAAUUGAUAAGACUACAGUUCCAAGUUCAUCAAUGAAAACUGGAAGAAGAACAAUUCUUUGA